AUGAUGCAUUUCAAAAUCGAAACCUAUUUUUGGUCGUGCAUCAGGCGCGGCCCUGCUGGAGUCGGACGCCCCGCUGGAGAGCAUCGAGUCGCCCCCCACGGGCGAGGCGAGCGUGGCGCGCGGGCGGCGAGGGCCGGGCCGGCCGCGCCUCAGGGCCGCGGGGGCCCCGCGCACCAGCGGACGCAGGCCGCGCCGCGCUCGCGAGCCGCUGCUGGUGCCGCUGGCGCCGCCGCCCUAGGCCUAGCCCCGACUCCGCCAACCCCGCGUCUGAGAAGCCAUACACGACCACGCCUAAGACCGUGCAUAAUUCGACAACAAUCUACCCACCUCUAG